CUUGUAUCUUUUUCAACAUGUCCCAAUUCUUCUUACCAAGGCAUUUUUUGACAAGUUAGAAAAAAUUCUGUCACAUUUCAUAUGGGGAGGGAAACAAGCUAGAAUUCGUAAGUCUAUUCUUCAGUCCUUUAAAACUGACGGUGGCCUUGGUCUGCCCAAUUUUAGACACUACUAUUGGGCAGCUAACAUACAAAAAUUUUCACAUUGGGUUCAUAACGACCCCCCUGUACCAGCCUGGGUACAAAUGGAAACUGCAUCUAGCUGUUAUUCAUUAUCAUCAAUACUCAGCUCACCACUCCCUUUUUCUCCAACCCUUGUUGGGGAUAAUCCAAUAGUUAAGGAAACGGUAAAUAUUUGGCGACAGUUCAGAAAAUAUUUCGGGCUACUUGGACCCUCUUUGCUAACACCUUUAUCAAAAAAUUGUAAUUUUCCACCUUCAAACAUUGAUGCGGUUUUUAGAACUUGGAGAGAUAAAGGACUUAGGACUGUUAAGGACUUAUACAGUCAGGGCACCUUUCUAUCUUUUGCUGACCUAUCCUCUAAAUACGACCUGCCUAAUUCUAACUUUUUCCGUUAUCUUCAGGCUAGAGAUUUUGUAAAAACGCAGUUUCCUCACUUUCCCAAUCGGCCUCCAGAAACAAGUCUGGAUAUCAUCCUGCAGAUGAACCCUCAUCAGAAUAGACUGAUAUCAGCCUUGUAUAAAAUGCUAGAUGCUUUGGUCCCCAAAUCCAUUUCUCAUACUAAGCUGAGAUGGGAGGAAGAGCUACAGCCUGCCAACCAUGUCCACAUGUUUUGGUCUUGUUCGAAACUGAGUGCAUUCUGGAGGAAUAUAUUCGACACACUUAGCCAAGCAUAUGGCCAGACUGUCCCUCCUAACCCACUCUCUGCAAUUUUUGGUAUUCCUUCCGACUCGAACUUAUCUGGCCCCCUCAAACAGGCCCUAGCUUUUACCACUUUACUAGCUCGGAGGCUUAUUCUACUAAAGUGGAAGCUUCCCCACCCCCCAACUCAUGACCAAUGGGUGAGGGAUGUACUCUUUAACUUAAAGUUGGAAAAACUUAAAUUCUCCCUAAAAGGUUUUAUUAGGGAAUUUAACAAAAUCUGGAAAUCAUUUCUUCUCCUGGUGGAUACCAUCAUUCUACUUCCUGAAUCCGAAGUGAACUGAGCGAAGUGGUUUUUUUUUUGUUUGUUUGG